UAUAAAUCUACCAUGGCUAGUAACAGUGGAUUCGGCUUUCUGCUCUCAUCCUUAGAAGGCUUGGAGGGUCUAGACCUGAACACACGCUACCAGCUGUCUCACUUAUUCGUGGACUUGGCUCUCUUGAUCGAUGUUCUACGUACCCCAGCCGAGACCUCAACUUUUCCACCCCCUCUAAGAUACAGGCUCAGUCCAGCUACGAUUGGCGUUGAUGUUUCAACUCAGACAGAUUUCCCCUCUUACGUGCCCUCUGACCAUUCCUCUGAAUACCCCGAGGACGAUGAUGACAUGGUUCGCUCCGAUCCUGAAUCCAACUUCUCCCCGCCCUCUACCCCGUCCAGUCCUGAUUAUUCUGAUACCCCGCUGAGACCUACUCCAUCUCCGGGGCGCACCCCAUACCAUCAGCCUUUCUCCCCUUUCUGCUCUGCUUCUCCAACAGACUACACGCCUACUAGUCCUACUUAUUCUUAA